AAAAAAAAAAAAAAGAGAGACGCAAAAAGCAUAAACCCUAGACAACUCUCCCAUCUCUAUUUGUUUGCCACGUGUCAUCAGCCACAAACUCCAUGGAUUUCCCCUUCUUAUUACCAAACCCCCCAACACUCCUUCCAUCUUCCUUUUCCUCUUCUUUCUUCACUCUUUCUCUCUAAUUCUUUAACAUCCAAACACGUCCUUAGAAAAAAUGAAACAUAUCAAGUCUCAUCAACAGUGUUAUUUGCUUAAUACUUCAAACGAAGAUGAAAUUGAAGUAGCCAAUAUUCUACUCGAUCUUGAUAACCUUUUUAGAGAAAAACAAUUUUCUUCAUUACUUUGGGGUUCUAAAAAGAGGAGAUCUAAUCGAGGCAACGAUGUUUCUUCACGUGUUAACUCAUCACCAUCACUUCAAGGUAGUUCAAAAAUUGAUGAACAUGAAAUUGAACACAAAAUUAAAGUUGAAGUCAAUAGCCCUGCAACUCCACUUUCUUUUUCACCAAGUGAAUCUGAUGAAAAAUCCAAACAUUCUUCGAGGAAAAGUUCCAAAAGAAAGUCAAGGGAGGAGUUAAUGGAUAUGAUAAAACAAUUAUCUCAAUGCAGAGAAUCGCUUAAAGGGGAAGUGGAGAAUGUUCGGAAUUGCUACAACAACCAAAAAGCUUAUAAUUUGAAGUUGAAAGCAAUGAAAGAACAGGUGACAAGAAUGUUGAAUAUCCAAGGGGCUGGUGUUAAUUUAGGUCAACUUCACAAUAAUCCUGGAAUGGAGCCCAAUCGUCAACCGCCGUUCAUUAUGGAUCAGGUUGCUUUAGGAUCAGAAACCUUUCAUAGAUUUCAGUAUCCAUUGGGCCAUCUGCAACAGGCCCAACCUUUAUUCUCAAAUGGAUUGGGCCCUGUGAAUCAUAUGGGCCUGGGUUCAGGCCCAAUAGGUCUUCCAGAUCUAAAUGUUACUGUGGAUGAGAGUUUCACAUUGGACUCAUUAUCACCUUUUGAUAUUGAGAGAAUGAAUGUUGUAAGAAAGGCCCAAUUUGCUGAAGCUAGAAGGAGGAGGAUGAUUAAAAGAAUAGAAAUUAAGAAUUCAUCUGGUUUUAUUAGACCACCAAGGAGGAGAUAGUGGUAAUAUUGUAUUUUUUUUUUAUUUUUUUUUAAAUUCCUUUCAUAUGAUUUUUUUUUGUCAGCGUAUAAAUGCCAAUCGAGCAAAGCUCUUUUGGUUUUUAGCUAUGUCGCAAAAGUGAAAAUGUAUCGUACUUAAAAAGUUGGUGAGCUAUACUGAUUUAUAUAUACUUUUCAUUUGUAUGCAA